GUACAAGGCUAGAAUACAGCAGCAUCGACCGACGGUCAGCAGCAGUAAAUCAGCUAAGCUAACAGGCUAGCAGUUGUUAAAUAAUUAAAAGGCACAUUUUAAGCAAAAUAACAAAGAUAAAAUCAACGUGUAAGUGCGGCCUUGGUUCACUGACUGCGGUUCGGGUUCGGUUAGCUGGCGGUGAGAUGGUAGCGCUGGUUCCGGUUAGCAGCAGCUAGCUAACAGGCUAACCGAGGAGCUGCUGAUAAAAUCAUCAUUUUCCUCCGGAGCUCCGGGCGGUCCUCCGGGGACACCUGCGUCUACUGCCGGGAUGGAUGUGAGCUAACAGCCGGGGCAGGGCCAGUCUGUGCUCUGCGGUCACCGGUGUCCUCCCUCCGGAGCGCAGCGCGCCUCCACGCCGCCGCUCCGACCCCGAGCAUCCCGGAGGAGAUGAGGAGCGAAGGGCCGAGCAGCAUCCCGAGUCCCGCUAACCGGAGCUAACCGGAGCUAACCAGGGGCCCAAAAUCGAAGCACUGCAGCGUUUGUAACAAGUGUGUGGCCAACUUCGACCAUCACUGCCGCUGGCUCAACAACUGUGUGGGCAGCAGGAACUACAGGUUUUUCCUGCAGAGCGUGGUUUCGGCUCUGCUCGGGGUCUGUCUGGUUCUGGUCUUCUCCUCCUACAUCUUCAUUGAGUUUUUUCUGGACCCGUCCAAACUCCGCUCCGACAAACAUUUCCUGG